AUGUCGUCGCUAUCCGACAAGUUUCCCGAAAAAGAGGUCGAGGACCAGCAGGCCGCCGACCAUCAUGACAUCUACAUUGACCCUGCUACCGAGAAGGCUCUUCUCCGUAAACUCGACUUAUGGAUUGUUCCACCCGUCAUGCUCCUGUACCUCCUCAGUUUCCUAGACCGCGUCAACAUCGGCAAUGCGCGGUUGUAUGGGAUGGAGGAGGAUCUCGGUUUAGUGGGUGAUCAGUAUCAAGUCGCAGUCUCGAUUCUUUUCGUCACAUAUAUUCUUUCAGAACUUCCAUCCAACCUAGUCAUCAAGCGAUUCAGACCAUCUCGCUGGAUUGCGUUUAUCACGACGUCUUGGGGGAUCGUUGCCACCUUGACAGGGAUUGUGCAGAGCUACGGGGGCUUGGUUGCUUGCCGUGUUAUCCUCGGAGCCCUGGAAGGUGGCUUGUUCCCCGGUCUUACCAUCUAUCUGACUAUGUUCUACACGAAGCGUGAAUAUGCCCUGCGAAUCGGCUAUCUCUUCGUAUCCGCUGCUAUCGCUGGAUCGAUAGGCGGACUUCUUGGCUAUGGUAUCGGCUACAUGGACGGCAUUGCUGGUCUUCGCGGCUGGCGCUGGAUCAUAAUUCUCGAGGGAAUUCCCACAUUUAUCCUUGGAAUCGCGACCUGGUUUUGGCUAGCCGACUCGCCAGAUACCGCCCACUACCUCACCAUGCAAGAGCGGGAGCUGAUCGAUCUCCGCAUGCGCCGCCAAAUCGGACACACCAAGUCCUCCGACCAGAUGCACAAGAAAGACGUGUACGAAGGUCUCCUGGACUGGAAAAUCUGGCUGUUCACUAUCGGCCAGUUCGGCGGAGAUACCAUCCUCUACGGAUACUCGACAUUCCUGCCUACCAUUAUCCAGGGCCUCGGUGACUGGAGCACCGCACAGGUCCAGGCACUCACUAUUCCUUGUUACGCGCUAGGCGCAAUCAGCUAUAUCGUUGUUGCGUGGUUCUCUGACCGCUUCCAGAGACGCGCUAUAUUCACCGUGAUAUUUGGCUUGACUUGCGCGGCUGGAUAUGCUAUCCUUGUGAGUCCGGCCCCGGGAGGCGUCAAGUACUUUGGCUGCUUCCUUUCGGCCAUGGGGCUGUACGUGAUUGUCGGUCUCCCACUUGCGUGGCUCCCCAGCAACAAUCCUCGGUACGGGAAACGUACCGUGGCUACUGGUCUGCAACUUACUAUCGGAAAUUCUGCCGGAAUUCCAGCCCCAUUCUUAUACAAAACCAACGAAGGCCCCCGCUUCAUCAAGGGUCAUGCCGUCUCGAUGGGUCUGGUGGCUAUGUCUGCACUCAUCUACUUGGCCUUCUGGGCAUGGUUCCGUCGCCAGAACAGGAGGAAGAUGACUGGAAAGGAGGACUACAGGGUUCAGGGCAUGACGGAGGAAGAGGCCGAGGAGCUUGGAGAGCAUAACCCGCGGUUCCUCUACACCUACUAG